AUGUAUGGACAACCCGAAAAGGAAGUCGGCGACGUAAUUGCUCAAUUUACGAAUUUUGAAGAAUCGAAUCCGGAGGAAAUGGGAAAGUACCUCGAAGGGGAUUUACUGAUUCCGCAAGGAGCGCCGCGUAACGGAAUCGUUGGUCAGUCAUAUCGAUGGCCCGGCGGAGUGAUUCCCUAUGAAAUAAGCAGAUCAUUUUCCGCUGGAGCGAGAAAUUUGAUUGUUUCACAGUGUUUCGAGGCAUAUCACAGAAAUACGUGCAUCAGAUUCCGACCUCGUACUGCCUCAGAUGAGAAUUAUUUGUUCGUCGAUAACCAACAUUCGGGUUGUUGGUCGAGUGUUGGCAUGAUGCGAGGUCGACAAGUGCUUAAUUUGCAAGAAUCCGGUUGUACGACAAAAGUUGGCACAUGCAUACACGAGAUGAUGCAUGCCGUUGGAUUUUUGCAUGAACAAACGAGAACCGAUCGUGAUUCCUACGUUCGAGUCAACUACCAAAACAUCAUGACAGGCUACGAGAGUAAUUUUAACAAGGGAGAAUCGGGCAAAAUUGAUAAUCAAGGCGUCGAAUAUGACUACGGAAGUGUUAUGCAUUACAAUUUGAAGGCAUUUUCGGCAAAUGGACAACCAACGAUGACGGCGCUCAAACAAACUUCCGAAAAAAUUGGACAACGAGAGGCUUUCAGCAGAAAGGACGUUGCUAAAAUCAAUAAAAUGUACAAAUGUAGUUCAGCUGCCCCAAGUUUACUCGACUUUUUCGGUUAA